CGCGCGCUGUGAUUGGCUGAGUUCAUUGUCUGCCGUCGUUUGAAUUUUGUUGUCAUUAUCUCGUGGUUUGUUUUCGUUAGGAACUUUUGUUUCAUUUUUAAAUGUUACCUGUUUGUUGUAACUGAUUUUGGUUAGGUUUAUCAAUGUGAAGCAAGGAUUUAACAUGGGAAUCGGUUCAUUUUAAAAUCGGCUCGGCGGGAUCUUGCAAUUUCUUAUUUAAAAAUAGCCUCUAGCCUGUCGUCCACUAGUGUCAGUUAUUCGAGAAGAAAGGCAAAAUGUACAACUCCGAUUUAGAUGUUCCUAAGGAAGAAUUAAACAGUGCUAUAGUUCAAGAACUGCGUCUUCUUGGUCUCAAACAUGGCACCAUACCGAAAAGGGUCAACAAAUCAAAUCAGAGUUCUAAAACUCAAGGUAAUCGCGGAUGUCUCUUCCGUAAACCAUUGGGCCUUUUGUCCUCAAGAUUCGUUCAGUUGCAAUCUGGCAUUAAUGCUGAAGUUCCCAACAUUAUACAAGAAAUAUGCUGCUGUAUAGUUCAGCAAGCCGGCGUAGAGGGCCUCUUCCGCAAAGCUGGCUCAGCAGUCCGUCAGAAAGAAAUUAGGGCUUUGCUUGACCAGGGUCUUAAAGUUCAGUUUUCGCAUCACCAUGUCAUAGAUGUUGCCAAUCUACUAAAAUACUUCCUCCGUGAAUUGUCUGAGCCUGUGCUUCCAUUUGCCUUUCAUGACUUGUUCCUCCACUGUUUGUUGUUGGAUGAUACUGUGUCCGCUGUCCUUUUAGUAUGUCUUCUUUUACCUAGACCACAUCUACAUGUCUUAGCAUAUCUUAUGGAGUUUUUCCACCUGAUCUCGGGUCUAUCUGAAGCUAAUAAAAUGACAAUUAGUAACAUUGCCAUUGUGAUUGCCCCAUCUCUGAUGCCAGUAUCAGAGAAAAUUUCAGUUGUACAAAAUCCUCAGCGCAUUGGUGCCCAUGUGCGCAUUAUUGAGAUUCUGAUAACACAAGCAGAACGCAUUGGUGUAUUACCCGAUGGAGUUGUUAAAAAAUUAUCUCUUGCACCAUCAGUUUCCAACAUUUCCCUUCUAAGCGACGAUCACAUAAGUGGCGCCUCUUUUUCUUCCAAAAAAAGGAGACGCCGCAGUGGCUCACUAACUCGAAUGUUCAAUGGCCUGAAGAAAAUAGUGGCAGGCAAGUCCUCCCCUGGGGUGGACUCUGAGUAUUCAGGCCUGGAAGAGGAGGCAGCUCUUGUUCCAUCAAACACUGACUUUUCUACACCCUGUGUUAAGUCUGCCAAGAAACGGAAAGCCAUGGAUCCAUCCUCUGCCUUUUCAAGUAAAAAGAAGAGGGAUGUCUUAUUGGCACUUCCUCAAAGCACAACUCUAGCUGAUACUCCAUUUAAAAAGGCUUCAAAUGGUUUUAGCCAGGACUCCAAUGAAACUCCCAGGGUCUGCCCCCACCCUAAUCCUGUUAGUAAUCCAAAAAGCAAGUCAAAAAGUCCUCAAAAGAAUAAAAACCGCAAAUUUUUCCCAACAAGAACGUUUUCGGAAUCUGACAAUCGCAAACCAAUUACCAAGAAAGGUCUGUCAGGAGUAAGUAACUUUGUAAUCAAAAAGCAGAAACAACGUUCAGAACGUCAUUCUACAAGUGGUAACUUCCUGGAGCGGAGCUGGAGUGCUGUAAGCAGCAGUCAUUGGGGCCGCAAAAAGUCUCGCCAGUCUGACCAAACCAGAUUGAGUGUGGCCUCUACAUCCAGUGCCUAUGUCCCAAUGGAUAGUGACUCCAGCCAUGAUGCUGACACUGACAUUGGUAUUGAUCUCAGUCAAGAGGAUCCAUUUGACCCAAGUCCAAAUGAUUUUGUCCAGGUGCCAAAGAGUGAAUAUGAAGAUCUCAAAACUCGUAUGUCAGCUAUUGAGUCUUGCAUAACCCAAGAAUUCAAUAGUAUGACUACCCCAGAAAAUAAAUCUAGUCCAGAGAAGAUGAAUGCAGCCAACACUCUCUUAGCUGUACAGACUGUGUAUGAGAAAACCCUGGAGGGUGCUGACAUUGCUAAAGAUGUCUCCACCGAUCAGCUUGCUAAGCGGCUGAGCAGAGAACUUAAAAUUCGGCGCUCAGUCGAAAACAGAGUUAUAAGGUCCCCAAGUGCACGAAAAAUAGGGACAAUUCGGCGCAGGUCAAGGGAGAGACAGAGUCCUCGGCGUGAACUGCGGAGGAAUAAGUCGUGGCACAUGAUGCAGAGGCCAGCCAAUGUGACUGCCCUCUGUGCUGCAGUUUCAUCACCUGAGACACCAGCCGCCCAGAACAACCGCUUACGAAGAGGUCGCCCCAACACUGUAUUCUCAGGACUUCCACAGCCAACCCCUAAUCGCGUCACUAAAGAUAUUCGAAGUGAUGACAUAAUCCCCAUUUUGGGAGGGGAUAAUUCUCCUGUGACCAGAAGCCAGGCUCGUCGAGCUUGUUCCUUCCAUGGCAGCGAAGCCUCUUCCCCUGUACUGCCAUCCUCUAAAAAAUGCCGCAGUCAGGUGAAUUUGGCCAAAGCGGCCUUGCUUGCACAUGCACAGCAGAAAAGCAAGGGCAACCUUGAAUUCGAUGAGAAAUGGCGAGAUGCUCAAGAGCUUCUGAGCUCCUCCAAAGAUUUGCUUAGUGGUGUUCCCACCACUGGCAGGGAGUCUAUUGCCAAGUUGCGGAGUGAAAAUGCCGGCAAAGUCCUAGCCACUGCUAAAAUGUUUAGUGCAAGCAAGGAAGCCCCAAAGCCUGUUGAGGGAAGGAGGAGCAAAGUGCACGAGACAACGUUUGUGAGGGCAAGCCUGGGUGGCAAACAAGAAGAAUCAUCCCCAUGUGUGAAGACAGAACUCUCCUCAAAUGGUGGCCAUGAAGCCAUUAGGAAGUCGACCAAUCCUUCUUCCAACAUUCCAAAGGUUGAAGCACCCGUUAAAGCUGAUGCUUCUACCAUUAUUCCGAAGAUGAACGAUGACAGGAGCACAGCUGUGCGCCCUUCAACUAGAAGAUUGCGUGGCAAGGCCUCCCCCACUCAAUCACCCACAGUCCGAAAUUUGAAAGUGAAGAAACAUAGUAGCAUGAAAGUUGAUAGAGUUGCACACUCACAGCCAGUAAGACGUAAUCUUUCAGUACCUGUACAACUGAUGGACUCAGGAAAAGAGAACCAAGUUGGUGAGUCAUUGCGCAAUGGUUCAAACCUCCCGCGAGGUUUGUCACCCCAACUAUUGAAAGAAAGUGUACCACUCACAGACAGAAUCCAAAGGAUAUCUGUAUCACCCCUGAAAGAUUGUAAUCGAAUUUCUGUCCAGUCAACCCAAGUCAUGAAAUAUCCUUCAGAGACCCCGUGCUUGACUCCAAAUAUUAAGCAACCUCUUAGAGUUCUCACUCCAAGACAGAAAUCAUUCACUCCUCAAAGAAUUUGUCCUGGAAAUACCCCACUCAAGGUAAUGCCAACUUCUGCAUUUACCCCCAAACAUUCAGCUCAACAACGGCAAAAUCCCCCUCGUUUCCAUCAUUCUACCAAAGCCAUUAAGCUUGCAAGAUCUUACAACUAGAAUAUUCGUUUGUGCUUAAACUGACUGUCUUCUUUUCUGAUUUUGUGAAAUGUGUACUCUUUAGUUUGUAAGUGUUUUAAUGUUUGUGUGUAUCUUUAGUCAAACUGAUAGUUGUUCAGGAAAAACUCUGUUAAUUAAUUCUGUGGAAUCCAUUUGUUUUCUGCCGCUAUGACAGAGGAUAUUGUAAAUUGAAAGAAUCUAUUAAUUUUGCUGGAUUCUGUAUUGAUGAGUUGCAACCAACUUUGUAGAACUCCUUUUUUUCCCCUGUAGUUGCCAUUCAAAUUUUAAGUAUGAUUAUAUAUCUCCUCAGAUUGUAAUUUUGUGUGCCUUUGUACCCAACUGUAGCAAGUGCUGUGUGAAUUAAAAAUGAAAUAAAUCAUUAUCUUUGGAA